AUGGUUGAUUGGAAAACCUCGAAGGAAAUAAAGGCAGAAGGCAUCGCUUUCACUAAGGUGGUCUAUGUCCUGUUUGGAAUUUACAUAUGGGAAAUCUGCACGACUGGCGGAUUCGAGUUAUCUGUGUUCUUGGGUAGGCGCAAGCUGGCUUGGCCUUUGGCCGUGUACACGUUCACUUUUAUCGCAGGCAAUUUAACAAUUCUAAGUGCCUCCACUUCGCUGAUGAUUAGAACCAUGGCGCUUUGGGAGUGGGAACGUCGGGCAGUUCUGUCGAUGCUUGCCUUGUCAUUUGGGAAGUGUGCGAUCCUAAGUGGCACCAUAAUGACCGUGCAAGCGUCAUGGGAUUACCAGGCUGGGGCUUUGACCCAAGUUCCCCGCUAUAUUUUGCCGCUCAUCGAACGUCUACCAGCCAUGUCAUUUGACUUUUUUAUUUUGGUGAUGACACUAUUCGUUCUCAGGAAACGUUUCAGGCAUGAGGAUCUUUCGGGCCUUCUCCGUCGCGAUGGCUUGAUUUACUUCCUCAUCACAUCGACCUGCAACACCAUUCCGGCUGUCUUAGCUGCUCUCAACCUCAAUAAUGAGAUGAAUGUCAUCGCGAUGGUGCCCGCUGCUGCAGUCUCAGCUAUUACUGCCUGUCGUGUGUUUAUUCACCUUGAUGCAUACUACAAAGGCAACGGCGAAAAGGCCCACAAUAACCCGUUGUUGGUUAAUCACAAUUCCACCUCUCCUUCAGUCAGCCCUAGAAGUCCUAGUUCAUCGCCAGGUCCUGUCAGCUUCUUGCCUUUGCCCAGUCCUAAGACAACGACGCUGGGGAUUCGUGCCACUAUGGGCGCUAUCGGUUCGUUUGGCCCACCACAAUCCGCCAGGAGGAAGUCCCCUUACGAGCGCAACCUCACUUCGGUAGACUCCGAGUCAGACUCGAAGACCUCACGGUGAUAGGCGUUUGACCGCUCAGAUUUCAUGGUAUAUCCGCUUUGGCUCAGCCAUUCGAGUGGACGCUGGACAAUGGUUUUAAUCACCGUUUCAUCCUGGAUUUCACAGUUCCAGGUUGCAAUUUGCAAAUGUAGGAGAAAUAUCUGUAACCAAAUAGGUUCAUUCGCCUUAGUUGUUUAGUAUAUACUGUGACUCGGAUAUAGUAUGGAGAUAGACCUCGAGUUUUGUUAUCGCAAGUAUAAUACUUUUGGGUGUGGUGGUAUACAGAUGGCAUAGCGAUAAGGAAGGCAACCUGAUGAGAAGACACUCAUAGGGUCGUACGCCAGUGACCACGCAUCAUCGCCGACGUGACGGGCGCCCAGACCUCCGCCGCGCUGCUGGUAGUCCCUGGCGGUUCAUUCUCGUCAACUUCACUACAGGCGUCAUGCCUUUUGACU